UGGCCUCCUCCCAUGUUGGGUUGCUGCCAUGUCCCCACUAAGGACUCCAGCCAGCCCAGGUCCCCACCCAAAGCAUCAGGAAGACUCAGCUGCCAGCCCUGAAGUGACAAUGGGCUCGAACGGCUGUGCAUGGGGAGGGCACAGCCCAGGCAAAUGAGCUGGAGUGCGGAUAUAGAGGCGACAGCUGCUGAGCUAUGCUUCUGCAUCUGUGCUCACCAGGAUGGAGGACAGCCUGGAGCAGCCUUGCCCAGGGCAGGGGCCUGGGGAUGGACAGGCCCUUGCUAAACUCCAGGACCUGGCCCUGAAGUGGUUCAUGGAAACACAGGCCCCCUCCAUCCUGCAGAACGGGGCCCUGCCCCCUUGGUUUCAUGGAUUCGUCACCCGCAAGCAGACGGAGCAACUGCUGUGUGACAAAGCUCUUGGAUGUUUCCUCAUUCGCCUCAGCAACCGGGCCGCUGGCUACAUCCUAUCCUACAGGGGCAGUGAUCGCUGCCGGCAUUUUGUCAUCAACCAACUCAGAAACCGGCGUUACCUAGUCUCAGGUGACAACCUGAGCCAUGGCACCCUGGCUGAGCUGGUACGCCACUAUCAGGAGGUACAGCUGGAACCCUUUGGGGAGACGCUGGCUGCUGCCUGCCCCCGGCCAGAGGACCAUGAUGUGUAUGAUGCCAUCACCCUGGGCCUCCACCAGACCAACUUGGGUCUCACAAAACAGUCAGCAACAUCCCCCACCACUGUACCUGAUAAGGCUGCUGGCCCCCAUGUCCCUGCGAAGGCCCAGGACUCCUUCCUGCACACUGAUAAAAGCCUAGCCCCAGGUCCCCGGAUCCUUGCCAAGGAGGACAACACCAAGGUCCACAGCAAGAUGCCUGCCCUCCCUGAGAGGAGCUCCCCACUCUUGGAUAAGUCUCCUGCCAGUCCCAGUGACCUCAUCUAUGCAGACCUGAAGAAGACAAGCCAACCACGGCUGAGCCUAGGAACAGCCGUGUCUGGCCAGGCCUGUCCCCCAGACAGGGAGGCCCCACAAAGGUUCUCGGAUGGACAUCAGGACAGGCCUGAUUAUCUGGAGCCUGCUUUCUCUGGGCUGAGCCUGGACCAGGGCCAUAAAAUGCCUCCCACCUCCUGGGGGCCACUCCUGCCUCCCAGCUCUGAAAACUGGGGAUCCUCUGCUACACGGAGGCAGGGGUUUCUACAGCUAAGUCAUGAGUCUCUGCUGUGCUCCCAGGACAGCUUUACUGAUGCCUCAGACCUUGUCGGGCCAAUAGGUCUCCUACAGGAGGCCCACAAUACAACUGACCAGAAAGAUAGGGUCUAUGAGCAGAUCCCAGCCUGCCAGGGUGACCCUGCCAGGCUCCUGGCUCCUGGCGCCAAUCCCAUGUAUUGUACACUGUCACCGCCCAUGAACAGUGGCAAUGAGAGGAUCUCAAGGCCCCCAGAGGUAGACAAUAUCUACGAGCAAAUCCCAGCAGCCAAGAGCAAGGAGCCUGGACAGACACAUAAGCCUGACAAGCUCCGGAGGAUCUUCUUUGCAGACAAGAAGCACAGAUACUGAAGAGGGCCUGGCCCCAGAUUCCCUGGUCACUGAAGCCCUCCACUCCCUCAAAGGUAUCCUGGAAUCUUCAACCCAACAAAACACUGCGGAUCAGGCUCAGAGAUGCAGCUUGGGUGCCUGCCUAGAGGGACCUCCCUCAGCCUUUACGCCUAUGCGUCCCACUCCCUGGUGUCUCCAUGCAGAGGACAAAAAAGCCAUGAAACAAGGACCAGCCGUAAGGAGCAGCAUCCUGCUUCUUAGAAGAGAGAGCCAAGACUGGUGCUUGGAGUUCACUGACAGGUGCUAGGCCUGAGCUGGGACGAACACCUUCUUAAUGGACAGGGGACAUUAUGCAGCUUCCUGGCUCAGGGUCCAGGCAGCAAGCAGCAAGGAAGAGGGGCAGGAGCUGUAUCCUCUCUUUUGUCCCACAGGGACAUAGCAGCAAGGCCUGGCCUCAAAGCUGCAGCUUGACCUUAGAACAAGUUAGGGUCCCACUACCCACUCACAGCUCCUUCUGGCUCCCCUGAUUCCAGCCCCAGGCACAGUUGGGCAAAUCCCGAUGCUCCCAGUUUCAGUCCUUUGUGCUACAGUUAGAGAAACCAUGCCUCUUGGUGGAGGGGUAGUGGUUUGGGGUCAUAACGCUAAGCAAAAGCUCCUUAGAAAGGCUGUUCACAUUAGGGGUUCCUCUGGAACAUAGUGACAAUGGCAUCGGCAGCCAGCCAGGAGUGCUGGGUGCCAUCCCUCUAUGGUCAGGCCAUUUUGCCUGCCCUCUGCCUCUAGCCAGUCUGACCUGAGGCCAGCCCCACCCUGUGGUCCUGCUUCUAUGGAGCUGUGGACUCCUGCUGGGCAUGGCUCAGGUCUUCUGCUCCUGCUUGGGAUCUUUCCUAUUUUGUCCCUUGUCCCACUUGCCCCCAUCUCCCCACCUCCAUAAGGGUGAGAACUGGGGGCAGUGGUCAGGACUGACCACACCAGAUAGAAGAUCACAGGUGGUCUCCCUCCUGUCUGACCCUGGGCACAAUUAACUUGGAGCACAUCCGGGACAGCCUGACUAUGGAACUCUGCCUGCUGAAAAGCAGUGACCUGAGAAUCCCCACCUCCUGAGGGUUGGAGGAUUGAGAUGGGGUGUUUCCCCUUAAGGCAUUAUGAUAAGACCAAAGCUAGAGCCUGGGGAAGACAGGCCACACUUAACCCUGCACCAGGGUGCUAUGCCCAUGGAGGGUUACAGUGACUAGGAACAUAGGCUCCACAGAUCAUUUCCAAACAUCAGCAGACACAAAGAGUGUGGGACACAGUUUUUACUACAGGAGUUCACAAAUCUGUGGUUAGCACACACCAGCCAGGUGGCCUGGGAGGAGCUCACAAACCAGACAGUGACAAGGAUGAAGCCCUUUAGACAGCUGCCCAAACCCCUUUGCCUUGGGAAGGGGGGCAGGGUGGCAGCGUGCAGCCUAGGAUUUGGGGGGAAAAUUGCAUAGCUUAUUAAAACUCUGACUUC